GCCAAUCAGAGAGCAGACAUUGUGAUUAGGCUCACUUCUGCAGCAGUAAAGCAUUUGACCAAAAUUUUAAGACGAAAACGGCCCUCCGUUACCUUCUGCGGUUGCCAUGUCUGCUGUGACUUUUGGAGAAGAAGCCGUGGAGACCACUUCAAACGAUGUACCGUCCGACGGGGAGAGCGGCGAAAAGAAAGAAAACGGCCUUACUGAGCCGGAAACGGGGCAACAUAACAGCAGCUCAGAGCCAAAGAUGGAAGAGGUGGCCGCAGAGUCCGGCGAGGACAAACCCGUGGAAGCUGCAAACAAGGCCGCGGGGGAGGCGGCAGCCGACGACGCCGCCUCAGCAGCGACCAAGGAGACAACUGCAACUACCGAAGACUCUGAGACACAGAAUCGCACAGAGGAUCAUGGCAACAACGAAAACACAAUGAAAGAUACUAAGGUGGAACCCGAGGAGGACAGCCGGAGUUCGGGCAUGGACUGCGAGAAGAGCAUAACUGUCUGUGAAGAUGGUGAGAAACCCAGCAAUGGAGGCGGGGAAUUGGGCGACAAGCGGCGGCCGAGUGAGGAGAUGUCCUCCUCUGAUGGUGAGCCGUUGAGCCGCAUGGACUCAGAAGACAGUAUCAGCAGCACCCUGAUGGAGAUGGAGAGCACGGCCUCGAGUGGACGCUCCACCCCAGCGAUGAUGAACGGACAGGGCAGUGCCAGAUCUUCAGGGAACAAGACGAUGGCGUACACCUGUUGUUGGGACCUCUGUCCACAGUGCUUCAACUCCAGCCCCGAUCUGGCUGAGCACAUCAGGGGCAUUCAUGUGGACGGGCAGAGAGGAGGGGUGUUUGUGUGUCUGUGGAAAGGCUGUAAAGUCUACAACACACCGUCAACUAGUCAGAGCUGGCUCCAAAGACACAUGCUGACCCACAGUGGAGACAAACCCUUCAAGUGUGUUGUUGGGGGCUGCAACGCCAGCUUUGCUUCCCAGGGAGGGCUGGCUCGCCAUGUUCCUAGCCACUUCAGCCAACAAAGCUCCUCUAAAAUGUCCAGCCAGGCCAAACUUAAGGAGGAGUCUCCCUCCAAAGCUGGGUUGAAUAAGAGAAAGAAGCUCAAGAACAAGCGCAGGUGCACAUUACCGAGGCCGCAUGACUUCUUUGAUGUCCAAACCAUGGACGCUAUUCGCCACAGGGCCAUCUGUCUCAACCUCUCCACCCACAUUGAAAGUGGUGGUAAUGGCCACAGCGUCGUCUUUCACAGCACGGUGUUGGCUAGACGAAAAGAGGGAUCCGGCAAGGUCAAGGUACUGCUACACUGGACGCCUGAGGACAUACUGCCUGAUGUGUGGGUGAAUGAAACGGAGCGAUCUCAGCUGAAGACCAAAGUGGUCCACUUAUCCCAGUUACCACAGGACACAGCCAUGCUAUUAGACCCAAACAUCUACCGAGCUCUUCCUCAAAAACGGCUGAAGCGCAGAACAACUUCUUCUUUCUCUGCUGUCUUUAUGCUCAGCCUAUAAGAAGUCCUCUGUGGCCUCGGCGCUUAAAGGAAAACGCUUGUUGAUGGAGGACUGGGAUGCAUGGACCGGUGAUAUAAGAAGUGAAACCCUUUUAUCAUUUCCCUCUCGUUAUCACAUUCUUUUUUCAUUCAAAACUUCAAUGAAUGUUCCCUUUUUUUUUGAUCAUUUUUUAUAGUUGUUUACAUGUUCUAAGAGCCUAAACCCCCACAGUUAAACCUGUUUUGUGUGUUUGCCAAAUAACAUAUUUUUUAAGUGUUUUGUGUAGAAUAUUUAUCCAGAUUUGUAACUUAUUUUUAUAUAAAAGAAAAUACUGGUGUUAUGUGGCUUUUUGUGAAGGUUUAAGUAGAACCACUAUAAUAAUAAGUAAACUGCUUCUUGUUUUAUUAAAGUAUCUAGAACCUAACUGAUGUAAUAAUGCUGUACAUUAGCUGCGUAUCCCGUUUAUACUUUGUGUUUAACAAAGUAGUGUAAGUUCAUUUGUAGUCACUGUUGUUUAUGUGUUUACAGUAGAAACAUUUUACAAACUGUUUCCAGAUGCUUCCACCUGCUCUCACCAUGUUUACUGAAUUAUGUAAGAGCUGCAAAUGUAAAGGAUCUUCAUCACCGCUGAAAAAAAGCUGACUUUUGUUAUUUCAUGUUGUCACUUUCAAAUUAAAAGUUGUUUUUUCUAAUGCGUA